AUGUUCAAAAUAGCAACAGUUUUAUUACUAUCUGCGGCAAUUGUGUGCGCUGUACCGAAACCGGAUGAAGUACCAAAACAUAAUCCUCUUGAACAUGACUCCAAACAUGUUGACCACUUUGCCAAUGGCCAUCACAACGCUCAAUAUGACCAUGAACAAUUCUUAGGCGAAGAUGAGGCGAAAACUUUCGACCAAUUGCCUCCCGAGGAGAGUAAGAGACGAUUGGGCCUCAUUGUUGAUAGAAUAGACGAGGAUAAAGAUGGAUUUGUGACUCCAUCUGAAUUGAAGAGAUGGAUCGAAUAUACACAGAGACGUUAUAUCGAUGAAGAUGUAGAUCGUCAAUGGCGUCAACAUAAUCCAGAUGGUAAUGAUACAAUUACAUGGGAAGCUUAUCGCAAGGAGGUGUACGGAUUUAUGGAUAGCUUAACCAAAGACGAACAAGAACACGAAGAAAAUGGUAUUUCGUACAAGAGUAUGUUGACUCGUGACCGUCGUCGUUGGGCAGUGGCCGAUCAAAAUCUGGACGAUGCUCUGACCAAGGAAGAAUUCACUAAUUUCUUGCAUCCUGUCGACAGUCCCGUAAUGGCCGAUGUUGUUCUAACCGAAACUAUCGAAGACAUUGAUAAGAAUAAGGAUGGUAAAAUCUCCGUUGAUGAAUACAUUGGCGAUAUGUACACUCCCGUCGAUGAAGGCGAAGAAGAACCCGAAUGGAUUAUUAGCGAAAGAGAGACAUUUGCCAAAUUCCGUGAUACCGAUGGUGAUGGUUUCCUAGACCGCGAAGAGGUUAGAGCUUGGAUUGUUCCCAAGGACUUUGACCAUGCCGAAACUGAAGCUAGACAUUUAAUCUAUGAAGCCGACAACGACAAUGAUGAAAAACUAACAAAGGAUGAGAUUCUUGACAAAUAUGAUGUUUUCAUUGGAUCUAAAGCCACAGACUUCGGGGAGGCACUUGGACGUCAUGACGAAUUCUAA